GAUUCAAAUAGACGUUUGUCUGCUGGGAGCAUUGGCUCAGUGGAAGUGAAUUUCUGGACAACUUGCAGACAUGACUUCUUAAAUUAACCUGCGGUCCCCCCCCCCCCCCUUAACUUAUUAACUGAAAUUGUGUGUUCCUGUACCCCAUUGACACUAAUAUUGUACCUUUUUUUAAUUUAAGAAAACUAAAAACCAAACUAAUUGUGUUUAGUCCGACAGUAGUGAAGGCACCAGAGGCCGCGCCUGCUGUUCUGCUGCCGGGGCACAGUGGGCACGCCUCGGUGAGGGCUGCAGCAGCGGGUGGUGAGCAAGCAAGAGUUCAACUGCUGCACCAAGUGGGUUUUUCAGUUUUAAAAUGGGCAAAGUUGCCUUUAUCUCGCUUUUAAUUGCUGCCAUAGCGGUGUUUGUCGGGGAAAGAAUUGUCAAUCUAAGGAAAUGGUCGCUGGCCACCCGGGAACUCGAGCAGAACCACCUCCCCAACUGUGCUCUGCUCCCAAACCUGAAUCAUGGCUCCGAGGACAUCACGAUACUUGGAAACGGCCUUGCUUUUAUCAGCUCGGGUCUCAGGUACCCUGGCAUGCCUGUCGCUGACACUGUGAUGGGAAAAAUGUAUGCCUUGGAUCUUAAUGAACCGAGACUGAAACCAACAGAGCUGCGAAUGCCAAGGAACUUUGAUUUACAGUCAUUUAACCCUCACGGCAUAAGUGUAUACACUGAUCCAAAUGAUGGCACAGUCUAUCUAUUUGUCGUCAAUCACCCGGAGCACAAAACCCAAAUAGAGCUGUUUAAAUUUGUGGAAGAGGAUUACUCUCUUGUACACUUGAAAACAAUCAAACAUGAACUUCUGUACAGUGUCAAUGAUAUUGUUGCUGUUGGAGUGGAAAGCUUCUAUGCCACCAAUGACCACUAUUUUGUGAAUGAGUUUAUGAAAAGCACCGUGGAGAUUCUUCUGGCACAGCCCUGGACCAAUGUUGUAUACUACAGUCCCGAAGAAGUGAAAAUGGUCUCUGACGGAUUUCACUUUGCAAAUGGCAUCAACAUUUCUCCAGACCAAAAACAUGUGUAUGUAGCUGAUAUACUUGAUCAUAAUGUGCAUGUUUUGGAGAGGAAGGAAGAUAAUGGAUUAGUGUUUGUAAAAAGUGUAAAUGUGGGAUCUCUUUGUGACAACCUUGAGGUGGACCCCAAAACUGGAGAUGUGUGGGCAGGUUGUCACCCCAACGCAUGGAAGUUGUUUCUUUAUGAUGUCAAUGACCCACCAGGGUCAGAGGUUAUCCAAAUCCAAAACAUUCUCUCUGACGAGCCAGUAGUGAAACAGGUGUAUGCUGAUGAUGGUAAAGUCCUACAGGGAUCAUCUGUUGCAACCCCUUAUGGGAACAAGCUACUCAUUGGUACUGUGUUUCAUAAAGCGUUGAUCUGUGAUCUGAAGUAGUACAACUGACUGUGAACCUGUUAUUCAAGCUAAAUCAAAGUUACUCAGGUAGAAGAAUUCUAUUUUGAAAUUCAUCCACUUCAUAACAUGAACAGCAAACAGAUGCAGGUUGUAAGAGAAGUUGAGUAGGUGUGCUUUUCAAAAUUCUAAUUAAUUUGAGGAGUAUUGAAUCUUGUUUCUUGGGGUUUGGUUUAUGUAACAGGAUUUAUGUUUAUUGCACAUAAUGAUCUAUGGUGUUUUGUGUAUUAAAAAAAAUACUGGUUAUUAAGUGGGGUUUGGUGAUAUGUCUGAUCUACUACCACCUCUACAGAAUGUUUGGGAUGGAUACUUUUGUAACUGACACAUUUUAGAUUCUCAUUCUUAAAAAUAUGCUGUAUGAUGUGAUGAUGGGUGUGAUGUAUGGUGUAAUAAAAGGCUGUUCUUAAUAUACACAUGUUUUCAUUAUUCACAAAUGAUCAUACAAGUACUUGCUUAGUGAUUGCGUUAGCACACAAAUAAUUGAAUUGAAUGGGAAACUUUUACCGCAUAUUGUAAGUGCAUAAAACUGUUACCUAUAUUCCUGAAUUGUGGAUUUAUUGUGACCUGAUUGGCCAAAGAUACCAUUAAGUUUUUUUUUGUGUAUAAUUACUUUACAUACUUGAAACUUGACAAAAAAUAAAUGACAUCUUUAAGAUGGGCUCCAAAGUGCAACCAGUUUGGGCACACCUAAAAUUUUGCCACCAUGCGCACCAUGCUCCUCCUCAUCACAUCCCAUUUUUUUCUCCUCAUUAGAAAUCUGGAUUAAAAUUAAAAUUUAUUGUUUAAUUGACAACUAAAAAAGUUAAUUCACUUGCUAUUGGGCAUUUUUCAUUUGUUUGUGAAUAUUAAAAUUAUGUUUCGUCUCAUAGUAAUUGUAAUAUUACUGAAAUGUAUUAUUGUGACAUGCUACAAGCCUAUAUAAUGGAAAUAUGAUCUGAUUAUUUCUUACUAGUGUCAAUCAAUUGUUGUUGGAGUGGAAAGCUUCUACACCACCAAUGACCAAUAUUUUGUGAAUGAGUUUGAGAAGCAUUGUGGAAGAAAAUAAAACUAGAUGGCAAAAGACAUUAAAGAUCAACUGUUGAAAUUGAAAGAGGAGGACUCUGCACUUACUAUAGUGAACUGUAAAGAUCCUUAACAGCACAGACCUUUCACUCUGACAAGCUGAAGUUAAUAUUUAUUUAAUAGCAAUAAUAAUUUCAUUUAUAGGCUACUAACUCUUCUGCAUUAACUUACAUAAUAACUUAAUCUUAUUUGAUCAAAGAAAACAACUUUGAAUGAAGUGUGUAGUAUAAACUUUGAAUGUUUAUACCACACACUUAUUAAAGAAAAUGAAUUGCAAAAGAACUAAUCACAUCAUUUACUUAACACUUAUUGUUACUUCAUUACCAGUCAAUUAACAUUCCUACCCUUACCUAUGGUCGCCUCAGGAUGUCCCCAGGAGAGCUGGUAGAGGUAUGUGUGGAAAAGGCCCCAGAUAAAGCGGAAGAAAAAGGUAAAAAGGUUUCUUCAAUAAGCGUAGAGUUUUGGUGCACCCAAAUCAUGUUCUGGUGCACCCAAAUGAAAAUCUUGGACACACUGUUGCACCCAACUCAAACUGUUAGUCUGGAGCC